CUGGGAGGGAAGGCGCAAGGGGUAGGUAGAAUUGGUAUUUUCGUCUGACACAGUAAUGCAACAACAACAAAAAAAAGUCGAUGAAAAUAAAAUUCUGAACAAUCAGUAUUAAUAUGAAGACGUAAAGCAGUGGGUUCAUGUAGUCUGGAUGUGCGAUAACGUCACUGUGUUGUGACGCAUCCCAGCCUGAGCCAGCUGUGGGGAGUGGGGAGUUACCGUCAGUCACAUGACGGGUAGUGUUUCAUUUGUUCUUGGUUCAUUCGGACUUCCUGCCUGAGUGUCAUUUCUCCAGUGAUCGUCGUUGAGCUGUUUAUUAUUUGCUGAAAUCCACAUCUUUGUGCGGCAUAGAGCCAAGCGUGAGACACAGCAGGUUUAUUGGUCAGAAAAAGUGUAGACCAAGAUGACUUCCAAGCCACCACCAUACACACAGAUGCCCCAGCCGCCUCCUCAGCCACCGUUGUCUCCACCCCCCAUGGGUCCUCCUCCUCCAUACCAACAGAUGCCACCUACAGGAUUUGUCACAGCCACAGCAUAUCCUGCCACGGGGAGCACCACCAUCAUUACCACACAGCAGCCCACCUAUGGAACAGUGCCUGUUGUGGUGAACCGACCAGCUGAUGUGAUUGUGGUGGGCGGCUGCCCUGCCUGUAGGGUUGGUGUGCUCAAUGAGGAGUUUACUCUGGCAGGUUAUUGCUGUGCCUUCUGGUUCUUCCCACUUGGCAUCCUGUGCUGCCUGGCCAUGCGGGAGCGACGCUGCAGCAACUGUGGCGCCUGCUUUACCUAGAUUCACACACACACACACACACACACACACACACACACACACACACACACACACACACACACACACACACACACACACACACACACAAUAUAGGUAUGAAAAUAAGACCACAAUGCAGUUUAAGUCCUGUAUACUGCUACCAAGUAAUUGCACACAUAUAUAUAAACACACAGGGAGUUUAUGCACUUGUUUUGCACAAUAUCAACGACUAAAAUUAUGUUAACAUUUUUUUGGUAUUUUUUUCUCUUUGCUCCUGUUGUUGUGGGCAGACUGGUGCUCCCCUUUCAGUAGCACACAUGGACCUUCUUUGUUGAAGACUUUGUGUUUUAUGCUACAUAACACAGAGUGAAAGGGAUCAAACAGUGUUACACACGCAUUGUGCCUCUCCAAACAUUAGCUACUACAUACAUAUCCAAUUCAUAUCAAAAUGAUGUAGGGGAUUAUGAAGUUUUAUACAUUAUUAUCAUUAUUCAGGUAGUAUAUGGUGACACAGGGAUAUAAUGAGGUUCUGUGAUGUUUCAAGAUUACCAUAUAUAUAUAUAUAUAUAUAUAUAUAUAUAUAUGAAUAUAUGGAGUAGAGAAAAGAUUAUAUACAUGAUGUGUAUGAGGGUUAGAGUUACAGGGCAUGUUACAUUGUAAGCUUUUAUUUCAAUUUGUUUUCAGUGCAUUAUGGCAGAAUGUAGAGUGACUAGACAUGCUUUGACCUUGUCCAUAUAUUAUGCAUGAACAAGUGUGUCGCAGUAAUCUUUUUUACAUGUGUAUACACAAACACAGUAACACCGCCAUUGUUUGUUACCCACAUUGGCUCAUUAAUCUAAAGAUUCCUGUUUUGAAGUUUGCAACAAAUUAAUGUAUUUUUCCAAAUUCUAGGAUAUCGUGCUUUAUUCAGAUAUAUACGCAGAGUAACUGGUAAUCUACAAUUAGAUAGUAAUUUUGGAAGGAAUAGGAUAAGUUUGCUGUACAUUUGAAAACAAUAUAGGAAUACGAAAACAAAUCAGGAGGUGAGGAUUUGUCAUUUGGCAAUGUAACCAUAACCAUGUGUCAUCAGGUGAUAAAUUGUCUGUGACAGAGUUGAUGAAACAAAUUAUCUAGAUAAUCGGUUUUCAUCUCUCUUGUCCACAGUUGUGAGAGAAAAUCAGGGUUGUACUAGAUGGCUUAUCUUUUUUUUUUUUUUUUAAGGAUUCCAGUGAGCAUCAUUUAAUGAAUGAAAGGAAAGAUCAUCAGCCCUUUCUAGGGAAGAAACUCAGUAUAGUCUGUAGAAUAAUAGAAAUAUGUUAUGGUUUCCAGUUAGUUGUGUUAUAGUAAGCCUCUGGUGCAUAUACCCCUACAUAAUUAAUUUCUACACAAUGAUUUUCACAUGCAAGUAUUGUAGGGACAUUGAAUGUGUUAAGAGUAUUUUAAAGAAGUAGCUAGAGUGAAGGCAGUGGAAAAAUUUUAAAAGACCAGAUGGUAUAUGGAGGAAAGCAUAAGGAGAAUGAACAUCAGGGAAGAAAUAGUCUACAGCCUUAAAAUCUGGAAAAAGACUUAUGAACCAUCCAACCAUGUAAGGGAAAAUAUGAACAUUAAUUGAUAUAAUGAUCAAAGGAAUUAUGCCAAUAAUUAUCAUAUAUUUGUGCUUAAAAACUUGUGGGAUUUAAGAAAACUGCAAAAAAAUUAGGUUAGUUAUUCCUUUCUCAUGAGAACCAAUUUUAUCCAUAAUAGAAGAGAGGUGGAAGAGAGAGUUUUGGCUUUUAUUUAAUUGUUUUCCUUUCUGUUCUUUCUUGAUUCAUCUGCUGUAUUUUGAGAAAUUUCUAUAUAUUGCAUCUUUUUUCUUCAUUAUUUGAAUAUGCUGUCUUGUUCAUUUUCUGUCUUAGAAUUAUAAUUACAGGACAUUAAUUGAUUCAUUAUUCUGAUAGAUUUAUCAGUUGCUGGUUUUAACACAUGACCUAUUCUUUGGAGAGAACAGCAAUUCCAUAAGUGUUACUCUGAGGAUAAUUAUAGUUUUAGGAAGAUGUAACUAUGAUAUAUAUAUAUAUAUAUAUAUAUAUAUAUAUAUAUAUAUAUAUAUAUAUAUAUAUAUAUAUAUAUAUAUAUAUAUUGCUAAAAUAUGCUACUGUUAUGGUCAGAAGUUAUGUACUAUGCUCAUUUCACCAAAGUUUUGUGUUUUUCCAAUAAUCUCAAGAGUCUGUGAGUUCAAAAUCCCUAGAACCUAUGAACUUUUUAUUUCAUUUUAUUAUUAUUAUUUAUUUUUUUUUUUUACCAUCAGCAAAUCAGAUUGAGGGAAUGAGCAAAGCACAGUGGAAGUGAGUGCAGAGUGUUACUAGAUUUCUGACUGUAGCUGUACCAGUGGGUUAUAUAAGUGUCUGUAUAACAGUUGCCUUGAAGCAAGCAGUAGAGGCAAUGUGUUGAAUUGUAGUUUACAUGAUGGCAAAGGCAGGACUGCGGCUGGACUACAAAGGGCUUUCAUCUUAGGUGAUAAAAGUUUGCAUGAUGAUUUAAUACAAAGCCAUCUGUUUAAUUUUUAUUUUCACAUUACCAAAUUUAUAGUGUGCCACUUAGAGUUUCAUUGUAAGGUUUGGGUCUGUGGCAUUUUGGUGGGACUAUGUACAAGGUAUUGUGGAUUGGUAUGUUUCAGGGUUGUACGUAGUUAUUGACUUCGUUUACAGAUUAAUAAACUUAUCCAUAUUCUUGUACUUUCAUGGCAGCUUGUAUUGGAAAUACAGUCCCCAUAUUUCUA